UGCUCGACAUCAUCCUCAACCUCGACUUUCCCGCAACACAUCUAGACCAGUCUUUUCGUCAUCACCAUCAACUCAAUUGGGACGCGCGCAACACGCCCGACCUCCAACACACAAUGGCGCAAACCGUAGUCCUCGUAACGACAAUGGGAGAGAUAACCCUAGAACUCUACACCGAACAUGCACCAAAGACAUGCCACAACUUCUCCACCCUAGCAAGCAGAGGCUACUACAACACCACCCCCUUCCACCGCAUAAUUCCCUCCUUCAUGAUCCAAGGCGGCGACCCCACCGGCACAGGCCGCGGCGGCGCCUCGAUCUACGGCGACAAAUUUGACGACGAGAUAAAUCCUUCCCUACGCCAUACCGGUGCUGGUAUCUUGAGCAUGGCAAAUUCAGGCCCCAAUACAAACGGAAGUCAAUUCUUCAUCACAUUGGCGCCGACGCCGUGGUUGGAUGGCAAACAUACGAUUUUUGGAAGAGUCAAGGGGGGCAUGAAGGUUGUGCAGAGGAUGGGAUUGGUCAAGGUUGACAAGGAUGAUAGGCCGGUGGAGGCUGUGAGGGUUCUGAGUGCGAGGGUGGAGGAGUAGAGGGAGGCGAAAGAGAGGGCAUGCAUGUGCUUGGAGAUCGGAACACUGCGGGAGGAUAUGGGAUUACACAUGUCGCUUGGUGCAAGAGAAGGUUCAAUGAUUGGAUGAGAUACCCAAAAGACAAGAGUAUGG